CACGAUUCAAAACACAAGACUUUCUGGAUUCUCUUGACCGCAGAUGAAAGUCCACGAAUGGGGAUUUUAGGCACUGCUUGCUCACAAGAAGAUGGGUGAAGAACUGAGUGCGUGCUGUGAUUUACAUCAUGUUCGAGCUUUAAUGUGCAAUAACCGAUGCGAUCACAGACUCAACUGUGUCGACCUGUUAUGAUAUAAUAUGCAAGCUACAAUUAGCAAAAACUGUUUGCGCUUCGGUUUGUACAGCUAUGUCCACAAGGAUAUAUUCAGAUACAACAACUCAGCACUGAUGACAGCCUUUGAAAUGGGUAAGAAUGGUUCCGAGGGAGCCAAAUCUUGGGCAGAGGAGUUGCACAGUAGUACCAGCAAGAGGCAGUCAAGUUAGGAGGAUCAAUCUGUUGUGACGUGGGCAGUAUGAGGUAAGAACGCAUUGCGUGAGCGUGAGAAAGAUCAACGUCCUCCCAAUCUACAUUGCAGUCCAUGAAAUAAUGGCCAUCUCUCCUGCCCAGAAAGCAGCAGUCGAAGAAGUGCUCAAUGCAAUAACUUCAGCGACAGGCCUCCUCGCAAACGCCAGCUCGCCUCUAUGUUCAUGGAUUUGGUGGACAGGGAAGACUGGGCAGAGUACUACGAGGUCAUACCCGAACCGCGCUGCCUCAGAGACAUUGCCGCGUCUCUGGAGAAGAACCGCUAUAAGGACGCGUUGACUGUUUACACAGAUCUCUCCCUUGUCUUUCUAAACGCGUUGUUCUAUAAUGAACCCGAUAGCCAGAUCGCCGCAGACGCACAAAAGCUUAAGGCACUACUGGAAUCCGAGUGGAAAGCAAAAUCUCCUCUCUUGCCUCAACCGUCUACGCCAGUCGCGCCGCAAACAAGAGCAGCGCCGCCUGUGUCGCACGUACUAUCCGGAUUGAAACCUUCACCUGGCGCACCUGCACCGACGGCUGCUACUUUGAGCCACACGACCGACAUAGAAAUGUCAGCAGCAAUCAGCGCGGCUCCCGCAUCCUCAGCUCCGGUCUCUCAGGACCCUGAAUCUGAGUCCGAGUCCGAAGAAGAUGAAAUCCAUGAACUGUGGACUGUUCCUCCUGACAUUGAAAUCGUUCACCAGCUCGAACUGGGAAUCCCCCAGUACGAGCUCUUGGUCGGUGAAGAUGGCGGUUGGAUGGCGGACGUCAAGCAUGAAAGACAUCUAGAGAUUGUGCAGGCAGUGAAAGCGUACCGAGACGCUGCCGGGGUCAAGCUCUCCACCGCGUUGGAUGGUGUACCGGACGACAAGAACCCCAUCACGUUUCGCCUCCUGGAUAGCCGUUCUCGUAGCAAAACGUUUUACACAUCUUCGCACGCCUUCGAUGCAGACCUUGCUCGGAUGUUCGAGAGUGGCCGGCGCUAUUACCUUGAUCGAGCGGGAGUCAUUACUGGCGCCAAGGGAGAGGAAUGGGAGCGUGUUAUAGCGCUUCAGCGCGUGGCCAACGCCUUGACAUCCAGCGAGCCUCCUCCUCUUCCCCCUGUCCAGCCUCUGUCCUGUCCCCCUGCCCACUACGGCCCGGAUGCCGUGGAAUGUGACACCGUCAACCAUAAGGGAUAUGCCUUGCAAGCCGGUCAGUAUGUGCAUAUUGUUGCAGGACAGGACCAUCAGAACAAUAUGCAAAUCGGGGUCCUCGGUCGCUCGGGCGGUCCGCUGGUCGGUCGAAUCACAAAAUGUUGGAGAAACAGCGUGGGCAAUGAGGGCGUCAGUGUCCAAUGGUAUCUGCGAGCGGACCAGAUCUCCUCUGCACUCUUGCCAAACCGUCAACGAGGGGGCGCUGAAGGUGAAGUCGUUGAAACCGACCAAACAACCCAUCAUCUGCUUGCAGACGUGAUAGAAAGAGUAACAUGCCAGCACGUCUCUACCGCGGGCCGGGGACGAUUGCGUGCUCCGUUCUGGUAUCCGGGAUGGCCGGUGUAUGUCUGUGGAUAUCGAUAUGAUGCCGUCCAGGGUCGGCUCCGUCAUAUUUCGCCGUCAACCUGGCGCGCACGGAACACCCCAGGAGGAUUUAUCGAGGACAUGUAUCUGUUCGAACGGCCACUGCGCCUAGGCAAGCGCGAUGAAAAGCCUUCAGCCUCGACAAGCGAUCGCUCUGUUGUCACAGCCGGAGGGGCAGCUGUCAGCACGGUUGAAAAGCUAUCCACGGAAACAACACGUCAUUUUGAGCGGGAUCCCUUGAGUGGAGAGAUGUUCUGGUUCCCGGGACCUCCGCUGCCCAUGACCAAGCCCCAGGCCCCACGGCACAGACUGGAAUAUCUGCAUUUCUUGGCCAAGAAGUGCGACAGUGAGAAGGGUGCUCUGGAGAAUGAGGACGGGCGAGCCGCGAAGAGAACGAGGUUGAGUGCAUCAGAAAGGCUUGAAGAAGCAUUACAGGUGAUACAGGGCGAAGAGUAGCCUAUGCAUUUCACACAACUAAUCUCGCUGCACCAUAAUCCAUGAGAUGAUACAACAACACCUUUCCCCUUGUGUUGCCGAUGACAAGAUACUCGCUCUGCGCAGAAAAAUCUACCGCAGUCACGUGUCCUAGUGGGGUGCUGGACGUAGGCCAGUUUGAAAACGCAGUCAAACUGGGCAGGUGGAUCUACAGCACAUCAGUGAAGCAUUUCAUAUCAGACUGACGAUCAUACCACACGCAGAGCGUCUUUUUUGUCUCGACUGGCCAGAGCCAUCAAUUGAGAGUCGUGGUUGAAUCGUAGGGUCGAUAUAGCAGUGGUCAGGUUCCCGAUCGUUUUCACUGCCUUGGGCUGCGCUGAGAAUGUGGUCCCUUCGCUGUGCCGGAACGAAUCAGCUCCAUAUACGUUCACUAGCCCAGUGUUCGAUCUAGCCAUCGGUCAGCGAAUAGUGCGCGAUCUAAGAAGGGCCCACCAACCCAAUUGCAAGCCAACCUUGGCGCGCUCCAGCCAUAGCACGCCCAGCUCCUCGGAAACCGCCCUCGUCUUUCCAGCGUCUCACACAGCGUCUCUGGCCCACAUCCCACAGGUAAACUUCAGAGUCGUUCGUGAGCGCGGCGAGUGUAUCAUCCUGGCCAGUCCACCAAAGAGACUUGAUGCUUGCACCGCAUUUCAAGCUGCCCACGACUUGACCGGCCGCGCUUUUCCAAUCGACCAGAUGCACAUUCCCUCCUUGACCGGCGACUGCUAGCAUGCUGCCAGAGUCGUUGAAAGCCGUCACUUCCAUUCCUGCCGCACCUCCACCAGAUGUAGAGUCCCGCUCGGAGCCACCUCUGCGUGGUCGCUUUCGUCGUGGCUGUGCAAGCAUCGUGGAGGAAUCGAAAGAACCCCACAGGCCACGGCCAGUUUUGUGAAUCAUCUCGCCCCGGUGGAGGUCAUACACAAAAUAGAAUGGGCGAUUUCCAGUCAGUAGCAAGGAAGAGCCCGAUGGGUGGAAAUUGGCCGAGGAUUGAGAGAGAGGAAGUGUCGGUAUGUGCAAUGUUUGCAGCAAGGGAGACGUAUGGCCAUCAAUCUAAUCUAGUCACAAAUCCAUGGAAAGGGCCUCAAAGAAUAAACGCACAUUGAAAAGCCUUAUUCUCCGAUCCGCACUUCCUACGCACAACAGUGGAAUUUUUGCACUUGGGUGAAACGAAAGAGUUUUGAUUUCUCCAGAGUCUGAACCAGCUUGAUUGGCAUCGCGCAACCGUUCAAUAGACAGCGUGCCUGUCGCCAGCGUUCCCUUUUUCGUUCGAGACGCGAGAAUGCCGACAGUGGAAGAGAAAAGUUCAUUGAUCCCAGCUUCAUCCAUCUCCUGGAGCCGAUCCUUAGCAGCUUUAGCCCAUGCUGGCUGAGGGUUGAUGGUUUCAUAUUGUCUGCGAAGACGAGACUCAUAUUGCCGUCCAGUCAGUGUGGUUUCCGAUGCGUCGUUGCGAAGUUUACGAAGCUUCCCAGACUGUAUUGACACGGACGGAGGGUCCGAUGGGUCCUCCCAGGCAGGUUUACGGCUCGACUGAGUCCAUGUCGGUGGUGCUCUGACUCAGGGUGAGAAUCCGACGAUCCGUCGUCGUCAUCUUCGUCGGAUCCUCCGCUGUCGCCCUCUUCCUCCUGAUCACUGAAUUCGACAUCGUCAAGAACAGAUGUAGGUUGAGCGUCGUCAACGUAGAAAAGCUAUGAUAAAUCAGACCGAGCAUUGAAAGUCAGACCACAACGAACAUCCAUGUCCGCCAGAUUUUUCAUUUCUCCGCUCUCCACAACAGAACCAGUGGUGGCCAUUGCAGGCACAUACUUAGUGCCGAAGAGGACGUUUUCCAGUCGGCGUUCUUCGUCAUCUUUCUGAGAGUCAUCGAGAAGCUCCAGCUCCAGAGACGCAUCGACUGUCUUUUGGCGCUUGCGAGGGUGUUUGGGCAUGGUGCUAUGCGCUCGCUAAGGGAGGGAACAAAACUGUGUUU